UUCAUCUCAGGAAACGCGUGUGAUUGUUAAAGUUGUUGUUGAUUCCUCUCUUAAAGGACAGUAUGAUACAGCUGAGGAGAUAAGUUUACUUUCUCCUUGAAUCAGAGAAAGGGGAUAUUACGAUUGAGAAAAAGAUGGAGGCCGUGCCCCUGGAGGUGCUGUGGUGCCAGUGCCAGGGCAACGUGAGCGCGACGCCCCACCAGCUCGUGCUGCAGCAGCAGGUGCGGGCGAUGCACGGCGAGGCGCAGCACCACGCCCUCACCUACGUGGGCGUGGUGCUGCUGCUGUACCUGCUCGCCCUCGCCCUCAUCAUCUCCCGCUCGCAGCCCGCCGAGCGCUCCACGGCCGCCUCCGCCUUCUCCUUCUGCUGGGCGCGUCUGAGGGCGUCUCUGCUGCGCCGCGACGCCCGGGGCGGGCGGGGCCAGCCUCGGGCCCUUCUGAGGGCGCGCCGCGGCCUCUCCUCCGGCGUCGAGUCCACCUCCGACGGGAGCGAGGCUCAGGCGCGGCCGCUGGCGCCACUCCCGAAGGCGCCCGACGCGGCAGGGGAGGCAGCGGAGUAGAGGCUGCGCUCAGGCAUCUCAGGG